AUGGAGACGCUGGCCUGCCACGACCUGCUUGCAAGACUCUUCCUGAACUGGCGCCGCUUUGAAGACGCUGUGAAGCAUGCCGAAGAGGCCUUGAAAGGCAGAGAGGGUCCAAACAAGAGCGACCAUCUGAAUGUGCUGCGGAGCCGCAGCUUUCUGCAGGAGAUCCUCAUUGAGAAAGCGCAGUGGGAAGAGUCUGAACUAUCCGGGGAAGUGUUCGAGGAGGCCUUCGAAAUCAUGGAGGACUAUGCCAAAAAGAUGCUGCCUGAGGAGAACCUGGGCGAGGCAAACGGCUACACAGAUCACAGAGCUGCCUUCGCGAUGUGGAACAACGCAGCAUGCGUGGCGAGGCGCUUCGCAGCACUACCCAAUGUCAACGAGGAAGCGAAGAAGGAGAUGCUGAAGCGAGCGGAUAAAGUCUACGGCCUACUGUAUAAAGCAUCAAAGGAGCCCGGCAGCUGGGAUCAUGCCGUGCACCAUGCUCGCAUUGCGAGCAACUGGGCCCGCGUGCUCGAUCUCAAAAGCAGAGAGAGUGAGGAACCCGAAAAAAUCUUGAAGGAAGCGAAAGAGACGGUCGAGAAGUUUAUCAAGACUCCUAUCGAAGAAGGGAGCGCAGACUCCCAGUCCGACGACUCAUCCCAGGACUCGCCAGCAGAGAAGCCCUUCAAGGAUGACCACCUGCUGGACCAAAAGCCAUCCGUGGAGGACCUUCCCCUGGAGUUUCUGAUCUUGUACAACAACCUGGCAUUUCUCAAGAACAAAAGGGGCACGGCUCGGGACCUCGAGGAGGCGAGAGACUUGUACUCAGAAACCUUGGAGCUGCUUAAGAGCAAGCUGGCUUUACAUGCCACGCAGCAGCACAACGCUGUGCAGCAGGAGGCGUUUUCGGCAGCCAUGACCUUGGGAGAGAUUCGGUUAAAGCUGAUAGAUCAGCCAGAAGGCUCAGAUGAAGGAGGGCUGGAGAAGGCGAGCAAGAAUUUCCUGUUUGCGGCUGACGGCUUUAAGAAGCUGCUCGGCGAGAAGAACGUGAAGAGUGUCGCAUGUCGGCACUCUUAUGCAUCUGUGAGGCUGCAGCAGGGGGGGAGACAGCACUGGCAAGAAGCCAUGGAAGAGUUUGAAGCGGUUGCGGCUUCUUGGGAGGAGGUGAACAUGGGAGGUGCUGCUGCAUCGAUGCUCCAGGAAAGCCUUGACCUGAAGGAGGAAGUGCAGCCAAAGCUGCUCCAAACGCUGAUGAGGGCCAGAGCCCUUUUCAGUGCGGCUUCGGCUUUCAAGGCGAUUUGGCUGGCGCCUGAACCCGGCAAGGCGGAUCCAACAUCCGAGAACCUGGAAGAGAUCUGCAAAAAGUUCGAUGUCGUUCUGAAGAUGAAGGAGGAAGCUCAGCAAAUGGAGAAGGAUCUGAGCAAGGACGCGGAGGUCUUCAAACGCCUGAAGGGGAUCUUCGCUAUGGCGCACGCAGAGCUGGGGCAACUGCAUGGUCAGGAAUACCAGAAAACCAAAGCCAUGGACAAGUUUGCCACGACAGAAAAGCACUUCGAAGCAGCGCUCAAGUGGCUUCCUGAGCCUCCAGCAGAGGAAGAGGUUCAGCUCCUGCGCUGCAGGACUCAUUUCAACAGCGCGUGCUUGCAGCUCACCGCGUUACAGUAUGCGAACGAAUGUACAUGGGAGAAAGUGAGCCAGAAUUUCAGUGAUGCAGCUGACGGCUACGAUAAGUUGAUCAAAUCCAAGAAGGGCAAAUGCCCCUGCCAGGGAGCGAAAGGGGAGUGUUUCUACUACCAGCGUGCCAAUUGCAAGUUCAACCUGAUCAAGGCCAUCAGCAUGCAAAGAGACUGGCAAGCUGUCAAAGCUCAGCACGAAGAGUUUAAAGAACUGAUCGAGGAUCUGGAAGGCCGAAAGGAGAUGGGCUGCGCUGCAGCAGAUAAGAAGGAGGUGGGAAAGUGGAAGGCGGAGCUGGUGCGGAACCUCCGCCGAAGCAGCAUCACGAAGGCUACCAAAGAUGCAGGUUCAAUUGCCGGACUUCAGGUGUUGCGGAUCGUGAAUGAACCUACGGCCGCUGCGAUAGCUUAUGGCCUCGACAAAGAGGGCGAUGAGAAGAACAUCCUGGUCUAUGAUCUCGGGGGAGGAACCUUUGACGUGUCCUUACUGAACAUUGCGAACGGUGUCUUCGAAGUGAUUGCAACCAGUGGCGACACCCACCUGGGUGGAGAGGACUUCGACCAGCGCGUCAUGCAGCACUUCAUGAAGGUCUUCCGGCAGAAGCACGGAAAGGACAUGUCCCAGGAUAAGCGUGCCAUUCAGAAACUUCGCCGGGAGGUGGAGAAGAGCAAGCGCCAGCUGAGUUCCACACACCAGUCGCAGCUGGAGAUUGAAGCUCUUUUCGAAGGUGUGGACUUCCAAGAGACCUUGACCCGCGCGAAGUUCGAGGGGUUGAACCUGGACCUCUUCAAAAAGACCCUGGGGCCCGUGAGGAAGGUGCUGGAGGACGCAGGCCUCAAGAAGAGUCAGGUGGAUGAGAUCGUCCUGGUAGGAGGCUCCACGCGAAUCCCCAAGGUGCAAGAACUCAUCAGAGAUUUCUUCGGGAAGGAGCCGAACCGCGGCAUCAACCCGGAUGAGGCUGUGGCUUAUGGCGCAGCAGUGCAAGCCGGUAUCCUGAGUGGAGAGACCCGGGAAAACGUGGUCUUGCUGGACGUGGCUCCACUCACCUUGGGCAUCGAGACCAUGGGUGGUGUCAUGACGAGGCUUAUCAAUCGUAACACCUUAAUUCCAACACGCAAGAGCCAAGUCUUCUCGACCUCCCGGGACAACCAGCCGGCAGUCGAAAUUCAGGUAUUCGAAGGCGAACGCGCCAUGACCAAGGACAACCGCCUCCUUGGCAAGUUCGAGCUUCGCGUCCCCCCGGCGCCGCGCGGACACCCUCAGAUCGAAGUGACCUUCGAGAUCGACAGCGAUGGUAUCCUCAACGUCGCUGCCGAGGAUAAGGGCACCGGCCGCAGCGAACAGAUUACGAUCCAGAACCAGAACCGACCGACGGAGGAAGAGAUCCAGAAGAUGGUCAAGGACGCCAAGACCUUCGAGCACGAGGACCGCGACCACAGCGAGAGUGCUCUAGGAGUCCAGGGCUCUAGAUGUAGUAUAAGUAUAUAG